AUGUCAACUAGCAUGAUAUUGCCGGAUGGUAAACCAUACAGUUCAUACUCAACCUAUAAUUUUUCAUUUGAUUCGGAUCGUGAUUUGAUUGCUUUCAAAGGUGAAGCAACUUCAAUAGCAAAUGGUCAAAAAUCACAUUGGUGGAUUAUUCAAAGUAUGAAAGAUGGUCAAACUUAUACAAUAGAUCAAGAUUCAAAAAAAUGUUAUAAAUAA